GGAUGGACAUGCGGUGCUGGAACACAACAUCGCUUCAUUGUUACCUAAGAGGUUAAGGCUGAAAUACUUCUUUCCAUAUGGUGGGGAGAAUAUUCUGUUCACUGACUCUGGCUUAGGAUGGGCUCACUGAUGGCUGCAUGAAUUGGACCCCAUUCUGCGAUGGAAAGGUGGCCAGCUCUGGCCUGGUUCCUGUUAUUUAGCCACAUAGCUGAUUGGUUGAGUGCCGUUCAAUCGCGAGAGUUCACAGCGCAGGAUAUUGUGUAUCUCUACCCAUCAACAACGCCGUACCCCGGAGGAUUUAAAUGUUUCACCUGCGAAAAGGCGAAGGACAAUUAUGAGUGCAAUCGCUGGGCCCCAGAUGUCUACUGCCCGAGAGAUGCACGAUAUUGUCACUCUCAGCAUAUCAUGGAUGCCACGGGGGAAAGUUUGUCGGUGACAAAACGCUGCGUGUCGCUGGAGCAUUGCCUGAACGCAGGAUGCAGAGACAGCGGGAAGCAUGGCCACAAGGUAUGCACGUCAUGCUGUGAAGGAAAUAUCUGUAACAUGGCUCUGCCCAGGAACGAGACAGACGCCAUCUUCUCCACGACAUCCCCGCUCAAUGGCUCGCAGAGACUUUCCACGCAAGGCUUUAGCCUCCUCCUGUGCCUUCUAUACACUUCUUGGCUAUUCCUGACAUGAGACCGCCAAGGAUGGCAGCAAGAAUGGGCUAAUACGUGUACCGUGUACAUAGGAUUUAUUUAUAAUUGUGAUGGACGCUGUAUAUUUUGUACAUUGUUAUUUUUAUAUGUCUUGUUCAUUCUUUA